GGUCAUGGCAUCUUGUACUAUUCUCCAUUAAAUGGCCACCAAGUUUCAAUUUUGAAGCCAACCCAUUUUCAAUCACUAUCUCAAUUAAGAGACUAUAGUCUAAAAAUCAUGGAACAAGUUUUACUCUUUGGUAAAAAUGGCUAUGAUAGAGCCAAAGAAGUUAAGGAAUUUGAUGAAACUAAAGGUGGAGUAAAAGGACUAGUAGACUCUGGAAUUGUUAAGUUUCCAAGAUUCUUUAUUCAUCCACAAGAAUCUCUUGAUACAAAUUCAACUUCAUGUUUAUUUCAUGUUCCUGUGAUUGAUUUCACUGGAUAUGAAAUGUGUAGUAGUAGGAGGUUAGAGAUAAUUAGUGAGAUUAAGGAAGCAUCAGAAAAAUGGGGUUUUUUUCAAAUGGUGAAUCAUGGUGUUCCUGUUUGUGUUAUGGAUGAAAUGUUGAAUGUUAUAAGAGAAUUUCAUGAGCAACCUAGUGAGGUGAAGAAGGAAUGGUAUUCACGUGAUCCUAAGGUGAAAGUUAGAUACUUUUCUAAUGGAGAUUUACUUGUUGCUAAAGCUGCUAAUUGGAGGGAUACUAUACUGUUUGAUUUUCAAGAUGGUCCUCUCAAUCCACAAGCCUAUCCUUUAGUAUGCAGGGAAGCAGUGAGCAAAUACAUGGAACAUAUAAUGAAACUAAAGGAGAUAUUAUCAGAAUUAAUGUCGGAGGCAUUGGGGCAAAAAAGGGACUAUCUUGAAAGUAUAGAAUGCAUGAAAAGUGAAACAGUGGUAUGUCACUAUUACCCUUCUUGUCCACAACCUGAACUCACAUUUGGAACCACAAAACAUUCUGACCCAUCAUCACUAACAAUUCUCCUCCAAGAUACCAUUGGUGGCCUCCAAGUUCUCCAUCAAAAUCAAUGGGUUAAUGUUAAUCCAAUACAUGGAGCAUUAGUGGCAAACAUAGGUGACUUCAUGCAGCUUAUCAGCAAUGACAAGUUCAUAAGUGUUGAGCACAGAGUAUUGGCUGGACGAGUUGGGCCAAGGGUAUCAGCUGCUUGCCACGUGUAUCCCAACACGUGUCGAAAAUAUAAACCUAUAGAGGAGUUCACUUCCAAUGAAAACCCACCAAAAUAUAGGGAAACAAAUAUCACUGAAUAUCUUGCACAUUUUAGAUCCAAAGGGCUUGAUGGAAUUAAAGCCCUCCCUUAUUUUAGGCUUUAACAUUCACAUGAAUGCCAAUAGUAUGUAUAAUAAGGGCCACUUCUUUUAUCUCAUCAUAACUCUAAAACCUUAAUGUGUCUUAUUAAACUGGAAUUUGUAUCAAACUGCAUGGAUUGGCAACUACAAUGAAUCUUGAUCUUUAUUAAAACCCAGUCAUGUCAGUCCUAUAUUUUAACUUAUUGUAUUUUUUAUUCAUGUUAUGUAUUCAAUUGUUGUUUAAA